UGCACAGUCUGUGUGUGGUACAGCGAGCGGCGGAGAAACUGGGUAAACCCAACGCAAGCUAUCGGUAUAUUUCACAACGACCGACAUUUCCAAAAAUUAACCCUUUUUGCGCAAAAAUUAAUCUUUGGACUCGCCAGGAGAUUUGUGUACUCCCCUUGGAUCUAAUAAAGGUUUUCUUUGAAGUUAUAUGCGGUCAACAACUCGACCCGAUCUCGGGGUUUCUGACGUCCGACCGGACGGAGAGACACUCUCCGCCUCACCAGGGCUUCGGAGGACUCGCAAGGGGCAACAAGAAGUCCAUGAAAACAGCGGCUGGCGUUUUUUUCCUCCUGUCAUUUUCUGGUGACGGUUACAAGUCAAGGAUAUUGAGCUUUCUGACUGGAUACUAAAUACUACCUGUGCAGAAGAGAGGGGAGGAAUCAUUCGAGACAAAGGUACAAAGGAUAGGCCGACAAGGACGAGGUGAUAUAUCCCGUGAUCGGGGUCGGAGUGUGCGCCUCAUAGGCGAGAACAGGGCUUUGUCCGCCGCCAUCCUGCGUGCACGGGGGAGGGGGUGGCGGUGAUUUACCACACCUUCACAAGGAUUACGGGAAAAGAGAAAACACUCCGAAUUCCCCUGUGAAAAGGACUCGACAUGUAUCCACAAGGCCGGCAUCCGGCACCUCACCAGCCAGGGCAGCCUGGCUUCAAGUUCACCGUGGCGGAGUCGUGCGACAGGAUCAAAGACGAAUUUCAGUUCCUGCAGGCGCAGUACCACAGUCUCAAAGUGGAGUACGAUAAACUGGCCAACGAAAAGACGGAGAUGCAGCGUCACUAUGUCAUGUACUAUGAGAUGUCCUAUGGGCUCAACAUUGAGAUGCACAAACAGACUGAGAUUGCCAAACGCCUCAAUGCAAUCCUGGCUCAGAUCAUGCCGUUCUUGUCACAAGAGCAUCAACAGCAGGUGGCCCAGGCUGUUGAGCGGGCUAAGCAGGUGACUAUGACCGAGCUGAAUGCCAUCAUCGGGGUACGUGGACUUCCCAAUCUGCCUCUCACCCAGCAGCAGCUCCAAGCCCAGCACCUCUCUCAUGCAGCCCACGGACCCCCUGUCCAGCUGCCCCCCCACCCAUCAGGCCUUCAGCCCCCUGGUAUCCCCCCUGUGACGGGUGCCGGCUCAGGCCUGUUGGCGCUGGGUGCCCUGGGCAGCCAGGCCCACCUGCCUGUCAAAGACGAGAAGAACCACCACGACCUGGAGCACAGAGGCCCGUCAUCUUUUCACUCCCCCCUGGCGAUUCCUCUGGUGAAAGAACGCGAGUCGAGCACGAAUAACUCUGUGUCACCGUCGGACAGCCUGCGCGCCGCUAGCGAGAAGCACCGCGGCUCUUCGGAUUACGGCCUCGACUCCAAGAAACGCAAAGUGGACGACAAAGACAGCAUGAGUAGAUAUGACAGUGACGGAGACAAGAGUGAUGAUUUGGUAGUGGACGUCUCCAAUGAGGAUCCAGCCACCCCUCGGGUGAGCCCCGCUCACUCCCCUCCGGAGAACGGCUUGGAUAAGUCACGGGUACUGAAGAAGGAUGCUGCCCCCAAUAGCCCCGCCUCCGUUGCCUCAUCAGGCAGCACACCCUCCUCCAAAGCCAAGGACCACGCCCAUGUGAGUAAUGACAAGUCAUCCACGCCUGGCCUGAAGUCCACGACACCCACCCCCAGGAACGAGGCCCCCACGCCCGGCACCAGCACCACUCCAGGACUACGGCCCCUAACGAUGGGAAAACCGCCUGGCAUGGAGGCACUGGCUGCCCCUGCUCUGCGAACACCGCUGUCCAUCGCAGGUUCCUACGCCACUCCGUUCGCCAUGAUGGGUCAUCAUGAGAUGAACGGAUCCCUAACCAGCCCAGGGGUUUAUCCUGGUCUCAUCUCACCACAGAUGAGUGCUGCAGCUGCAGCUGCUUAUGGACGCUCACCAAUGGCAGGGUUUGAUCCUCACCCUCACAUGAGAGCUCCCGGCCUGCCAGCCAGCCUCACCUCCAUCUCUGGUGGAAAACCGGCUUACUCCUUUCAUGUGAGUGCUGAUGGCCAGAUGCAGCCCGUGCCCUUCCCUCCAGAUGCAUUGAUAGGUCCAGGCAUUCCACGCCAUGCCCGCCAGAUCAACACACUGAGCCAUGGUGAGGUGGUGUGCGCCGUCACCAUCAGCAACCCCACGCGCCACGUCUACACUGGUGGCAAGGGCUGCGUCAAGAUCUGGGACAUCAGCCAGCCAGGAAGCAAGAGUCCGGUUUCUCAACUUGACUGUCUGAACCGGGACAAUUACAUUCGCUCCUGCAAGCUGUUGCCUGACGGCCGCACCCUGAUCGUGGGUGGCGAGGCCAGCACGCUGACCAUCUGGGACCUGGCCUCACAGACACCCCGCAUAAAGGCAGAGCUCACCUCCUCUGCUCCGGCCUGCUAUGCCCUGGCCAUCAGCCCUGAUGCCAAGGUCUGCUUCUCCUGCUGCUCAGACGGGAACAUCGCUGUGUGGGAUCUCCACAACCAGACCCUUGUCAGGCAGUUCCAGGGCCACACAGAUGGGGCCAGCUGCAUUGACAUCUCCCACGAUGGGACCAAACUGUGGACUGGAGGGUUGGACAACACAGUUCGCUCCUGGGAUCUGAGAGAGGGACGGCAGCUCCAGCAACACGACUUCACCUCACAGAUCUUCUCGUUGGGUUACUGCCCCACCGGGGAAUGGCUGGCAGUGGGCAUGGAGAGCAGCAACGUGGAGGUGCUCCACCACACCAAGCCUGACAAGUACCAGCUGCACCUGCACGAAAGCUGCGUCCUCUCACUCAAGUUCGCCUACUGUGGUAAAUGGUUUGUGAGCACAGGGAAGGACAAUCUGCUGAAUGCAUGGAGGACUCCUUACGGUGCAAGCAUAUUCCAGUCCAAGGAGUCGUCCUCUGUCCUGAGUUGUGACAUUUCAGCGGAUGACAAAUACAUUGUGACAGGUUCUGGUGACAAGAAGGCCACCGUCUACGAGGUCAUCUACUAGAGAGCGCAGGAGGCUCCUCCCUGGCUUCAGCACUUCUGCUGGGAUGCCCUCUGAUUUCCUGUCCCGUUCACCCCUCCACCCCACCCUCAGACCGUCCAUGGAUUGGAUUACAAUGGGCUGGGACAAACUAGCCAAUGGAAAUCAGUGGAGCCACUGUCCUGUGUACGCUUGUACUGGAUGGAAGCUGAUUUUAAAAUUUUGUCCUUUUUGUCUUGGAGGGUCUAUUUUUGGGUUGCGCUUUUUUUGUGGCUUUUGAUUUUUGUUUUUCCCUUUUUUAUAUAUAUGAUGAGAAUAUUUCGGUGUUGUAAUCCAAUGAAGCGGCGCUUCAUUUCUGAGAGCCUCUUUCCCCAGACUUCUUGUGAAAAGUGUACAUAUCAGAUGAAAUAAAAGACAUUUUAUAUAUAUAUUAUAAAUAUAUAUAUAUCUAUAUUUUCAUGUCCUGGGUGUACUUGUGAUGAUUUUGUUUUGCCUCUCCCACUCAUGCCAGAUAUUUCAGCGAGAGAGCAGAAAGUAGAUUAGAACUUUUUAACAAUUUUAUUCCUGCUUGAUUUUCUCGAAGCACAUUCUCUGGGCUGACCUUUUCAGAAAUCAAUUCAGUGUCUCAAAACGAAGAGAAGAGCACAAAACCUGUGAGCUGGACAUUUUGUGGAGAUUUAAAAAAAAAAUGGCCUUUUGUGACAGUGCUCUUAUGGAACUAUGAAUAUCUGGUGUGAUCCGUUUUGUGGAGCCCACCGGCUCAGGCAGAGCCGCGGCUGGUUUGGAAUCGCCACAGGACGCCUGUGGGACCUCUCUGGACGCUGUGAUCCAAGAAAGGAGGUGGAUGUAAAUUUAACUAUUAAAAAAAAAAAAACAUUUUUAAAGUGUACUAAGUGUACCUCUUUGUCUGUGCUCUCUUUCUCCCUGUUUCUUGUACCUUUUUAGACUGUGGGAGAUAGGGAAGUUUGAUGAACCCAUGGACCUCGGUUGGCAGCGGUAGCACUGCAGCAGGCACAAACUGAAUGACAAAGUGUUCUUGCCAGCUAUGACUUUUGAAAUGUACCAUUGAUUCAUGGCUAGAGAUUAACCUCAUGAUCAUUUGGGCUAUUGCCACAGUGGUGCCAGUCUGCUCUAUUGAAAUUCUUGUGCCCUUUGUAUGUCAAUAUUUCUGGAAAGGAUUUGGGUGGCUGGGAUGGGAUGUCAGUUGCCCAGUCUGUCUCUUUAAUGAUGUUCACUGCCUCUAAUUGCUAUCGAGGCAGGAGGGAAUGGUACUUAUUAAAUGUAAACAAAACAGAAAUAUGGAAAUGCAAAAAUUAUUAAACAGAGGAAGAAUUACCAGUGUGAAUUACCGCCCAUGCUGAGUACAAGGCUUCAACGAAUGAUCAGAUUCUACAUUGAUCCUUAUCCUGUCAGCAUUUCCCGCUGAAAACAAGAGGGCAAAAUGCGCUACUUUCUCUGACUCACACCAAAGUAUGUAGCAAAUACUGUCAGCACUGAAUAGAAAUGUACAGUUGUUAAUAAAUCAAUAAAACUGUUUUUGUAGAA